AUGAUAUAUUGCUUGAAUCACCCUGAUCAAUAUAUAGGAGGUAUUUACAAGGGAAAAAACAAUCUUUAAACCUUCAGAAAGAUUUGUAUGAUUUGUGUCUCAAAACAUGGAAUACAUCCAUAGCAAAUCUUAACCAAAGAUGAUUUUGUCAAAUAAUUACUUAGAAAGUCUUAACAAAUCUACAUGGAAACUCUAUUAAGAUAAAAUUUUCUAAAAUAAAAUUUCAAAUGCUAACUAAGCCAUUUAGAUAAGAUUUAAGAAGAAAUAUCUUUAAUAAUUUAAACUAUUAAGGAAUCCAUCUUAGCAAUAUAAGUUGGUGAAAAAUAGAUGGAUAAUAAAUUUCUAAAUCUGAUAAAAGAAGAUUUAAACCCAUUUGAGUGUUCAAAUUCUGAGUUGGAUUUUUUAGUGAAUUUCUUAGAAGGAACUAAUUUUGAAGAAUGGAUGAAAAAAAAAUCCUUUUUGAGUUUUUAACUUUAAAAUAUAGGUGGGCUUUUUGAUAGAAUAGUUUAAAAUCUGUAUAAAGCUUGCCAUUUGACAGAAAAUUUGGAAUUAAAUUUGUAAAUUUUUGUAUACAAAUGAUAGUACUUAACAAUUAAUUGAAGAAACAAUCAUUCCUCUCUAAGGAUUAUAGAAGUUUGAUUAUUAAUUAAAGCAAACUAUGUUUGAACUCAAGACUUUACAAAAUGGAGAUUAGAUCUAUUAAAAAGAUGGUGAAAUUUUGAGAAUGUAAAAAUAGUUUAAAAUAUUUAGUGAAAAGAAUUAUAUGAGGUAUAAGAAUUAUGAAAUAAUUUAUAAUAUCGAAUAAUAAAAACAUUUAAAGUUUAAAGGUUAAUACGGAGUGAAAGGGAAUAAAAUUAAAUUAUGGAAAUAUUUUUGGAAAGGAAAACAUGUUGGAGGUGGUUUUUACAACAUCAUGGGAGAAAAGGAAGGUAAUUGGGUUGACUUAUGCGAAAACUAUUGGGAGUAUUAAUAACAUAAUUAAUGGUAGUAAAAAAAAUAUUUUGGAAAUUGGUUGCUACUCAAAAGGUAAGAGAAUUGGAGGUUGGACUCUCAACUAUAAUAAUUUAUAAAUGUAAUUAUAUGAAGUAUAAAUGUAGUGGCGGAGGAUCAUAUGAUUAAGAAGGAAAUUAGAAAAAAAUUGGAAAGUGGGUUGAAUUGUUUGAAGGGUUUGCGUAUUAUGCUAAAGUCACUUAUAAAGGUGAAUAUAAUGUUAAUGGUAUGAAAGUAGGAAGAUGGGAUAUUAUGCAUAGUAAACAUGAUGAGGACGAAUAUAAAUAAAUUUAAAUAUUAUUAAUUUAAAAUAAUAUAUAAAGUGGUGGAGGAUUAUAUGAUUAGGAAGGAAAUCAGAAAAAAAUUGGAAAGUGGGUAGAAUUGGAUGAAGGGUUUAAUUUUUGGAAAUAACUUGCUUAUGAUGGUAAAUAUAAUAUGAAUGGUGUGAAAGUAGGUAGAUGGGAUACUAAGUAUUGUAAAAUUGGUGAGAAGGAUUAUAAAUAAAUGUAAAUAUUAAAUUUAUAAGAAUAAACAAUAUAUAUAUAGUGGUGGCGGCUCAUAUGAUUAUUAAGGAAGAGAGAAAAAGAUUGGAAAGUGGGUAGAAUUGAUUGAAAGGUUUUACCACCCUUCUAAAGUAAUUUAUAAUGGAGAAUAUAAUAUGAAUGGUAUGAAGGUAGGUAAAUGGGAUAUUAUGCAUUGUGAACCUAAUGAGGGUGAAUAAAAAUAAAUGUAAAUAUUAUUAAUUUAAAAGAAUAUAUAAAGUGGUGGAGGAUUAUAUGAUUAAGAAGGAAAUCAGAAAAAGAUUGGAAAGUGGACAGAAUUGGAUCGAAAGUUUUAGUAUUAUAAAUAAGUCACUUAUAAUGGUGAGUAUAAUAUUAACGGUAUGAAGGUAGGUAGAUGAUAUAAUUUGUAUUGCAAAUAAAAUGAGAAAGAAUAUAAAGAAAUGUAAAUAUUAUUAAUUUAGAAGAAUAUAUAAAGUGGUGGUGGAUUAUAUGAUUAGGAAGGAAAUGAGAAAAAGAUUGGAAAAUGGAUAGAAUUGCUUAAAGGGUUUUAUGAUAAGGAAGUCACUCAUGAUGGUGAAUAUAAUCAGAAUGGUGUGAAAAUAGGCAGAUGGGAUAUUAAGUAUUGUAAAGAUGGUGAGAAGGAUUAUAAAUCAAUGUAAAUAUUAAAUUUAUAAGAAUAUACAUAUAUAUAGUGGCGGAGGAUCAUAUGAUUAAGAAGGAAGUUAAGAAAAGAUUGGAAUGUGGGUAGAAUUGUUUAAAGGGUUUAACCACACUACUUAAAUCACUUAUAAUGGUUUAUAUAAUACGAAUGGUAUGAAGGUAGGUAGAUGGGAUAUUUGUUAAGUUGGAGGAUAAUAAAUGUAAAUAUUAUGAAUUU